AUGACCGAUGUCCCCCGAGGAGCCGCCCACCCGGCCGCCCCAGCCCCGACCGCCGACGACCUCAAGCCCUCGGGCCCGAUCUGCUCGUUCGGCCCCCGACUCGCCUACACCUACUUUGCCCACCCUGCGCCACGCGCCGAGCUCCUCAACGCCCUCACGCCGGGCGCACCCGCCCCCGCAAGUGUCGCCGCCAGCCCAGAUGCCGCCGCCGCCGCCGCCGAGGAGGGCGUCCACUGGUUUUCGGUCGACGACCAGCUCGUGUACCUCAGCUUCUACCAAGAUUACGGGCCUCUGAACGUCGGCUGUCUCUACCGGUUCUGCCUGCACCUGCACUCGCUCCUCAACGCGCCCGAGCACGCCUAUCAGCGCAUCUUCCUGUACUCGUCCGACGAGCCCGACAAGAAGGUCAACGCGGCGCUCCUCAUGGCCCUGUACGCGAUGGUCGUCAUGCGGUGGUCGGUUGCCGACGUCCUUCACCCUCUCAGCUGCCUCGAGCUUCAACCCUAUCGUGACGCCGGCUACUCGCGCGCCGACUACCACCUCCACCCUCAGCACAUCCUGUACGGCGUCCACCGCGCCCUGCAGCACCAGCUCCUCGACUUGUCGACGUUCGACCUCGCCGCGUACGAGGCCGCCGAGAAGGUCGAGACGGGCGACUGGAACUGGAUCACGCCGGGCUUUGUCGCGUUCGCGAGCCCGGUCGAGGCGGGCUGGAGCGCCGGCGGGCAGACGCCCAAGAAGGGCGGCGCGCCCGGCGCCAAGAUCAACCGCGCGUUCCGCAACGUCCUCGACGAGUUCGAGUCCAAGGGCGUCAAGGUCGUCGUCCGGCUCAACAAGAAGCUCUACGACGCCGCGCACUUUACUUCGCGCAACAUGGAGCACGUCGAGAUGUACUUUGACGACGGCACCAACCCAACGCUCGACAUGUGUCGCCGCUUCAUCGACCUGAGCGACCGCGUCAUCUCGAACGGCGGCGCCGUCGCCGUUCACUGCAAGGCCGGCCUCGGUCGCACGGGCACGCUCAUCGGCGCCUACCUCAUCUACAAGCAUGGGUUCACCGCCGACGAGGCGAUCGGCUUCAUGCGCCUCAUGCGCCCUGGGUCGUGCGUCGGCCCGCAGCAGCAUUUCCUGUACGAGAACCAGCUCGAGUGGGUCCGGUGG